AUGUAUUCAGGAUUAACUGCUAGUAUUUUACGACAGGCAACGUAUUCGACAAUACGUUUUGGAAUUUAUGAAAGAUUAAGAGACAUCGUUACAGAAAAGAAAGGAAAACCACCAUCAUUUGACACACUUCUUUGUAUAGCAACCAUAUCUGGAGCGUAUAAAACUCUCACGAAAUUUUAUAAACUUACUUUUAAUAGCAUAGGAGGAAUUGUUAGCAAUCCUGUAGAUAUUGUUAAUGUUCGUAUGCAAACUGACAAGUCAUUACCACACGGGCAAAGAAGAAAUUAUAAAAAUGUAUUUCAUGGACUAUAUUUAAUUUCUAAAAACGAAGGAUUUUUUUCUUUUUUUAGAGGCUUAUUUCCAAAUACAAUAAGAGCAAUAUUAAUUACAGCAAGCCAGUUAUCUAGUUAUGAUCAAUUUAAAAGAAUCAUAGAAAAAUCAGAUUAUUUUCCAAAACAAAUUUCUAAAAAUCUUGCAGCAAUAUUAGCGGGUUUGGUUGCAACUACAAUCUGUUCUCCAAUAGAUGUAAUAAAAUCAAGAGUUAUGAAUUCAAAUGGAUAUAUGAGUAUAUUGUUUGUUUUUAAAGAAAUUAAAAAAGAAGGAAUCAGAUUCAUAUUCAGAGGAUGGACACCAUCUUUUAUAAGACUAGGUCCUCAUACAAUUAUUACUUUUACUAUUUUGGAAGAAUUUAAAAGUUUAUGGCAAAUAAAAUGCAAAAAAAAGAUUCUAAAAUCAUAG